UGGGCCAGGCUUGGAUUUCUCGAAAAAAUCUUAAGUUAAAUCUCAGACUUAAGUCUGAGUUUUUACUCAAAUUUCUGAGAAAAAUCUCAAAUUUGAGUAAACUCAAAAAAUUGCAUUUCUCGAAAAAACUUAAGUAAUUUUUCUAACUCAAACUCAGAAUAAACUUAAGUUACCUUCUUAGUAGACUUAAGUCCUUUAAAAAAAUCUCAAAUAUGCCUGUAAAAAACAGAAGACAGCGUCGUCGUCGCCGACAUCGUCAGCGUGUAGCUCACAACCGUUUGGUGGACAGGGAAAAUCCCUUAGAAGUCAUGACAGAAGCUGAGGUUUUUCAGAGAUUUCGAUUCAGGCCGGCAUCUGUGUUAUAUAUCGUAAAUCUCCUUGUUCCAUUCCUACAGCGUCAGACCCUAAGAUCCUGUGCUCUUACCCCUGUACUUCAAGUUCUCUUCACGCUUAGAUUUUUAGCUACCGGCGGCUUCUACUCUUUCGUAGCCGAUACAUUUUCCACAGUUUCUCCACCCUCCGUCUGCCGGGCAGUGAAAAACGUUUGCCAGGGAUUGUGCCAGAUAUCCAGACGAUUCAUCCAAAUGCCCACUGGUAAUCAGGCAGACGAAGUGAAAGGCAAAUUCCAUUCAAUAGCAGGUUUUCCUAACGUACUUGGUUGCGUGGAUGGCACAUUUAUUAAGAUUCAAGCUCCCUCCCAGAAUGAGUCAGAUUUCGUCAACAGGAAAGGGUAUCAUUCUUUAAAUGUACAGGUAAAAU